AUGCGCGCCGUGAGCGCGAGAAACGCGAGCGCUUUGUUCGCCGAGCGCGUGACGAACGCGAAGAGCGCGACGAAGACGAACAGACGGGCGCGUGUUGCGACUUCGGCGUCCGCGUUCGAGGUCGCGCGCGUCGUGCUCGCGGCGCCGACGAUGUACGCGCUCGUCUCGGCGAAUGAGUACGUGACGCACCGGUACUACCAACACGCCGAGUUCAACAAGAACGAGACGCUCAAGAAAGUAUGGUGCACACUCACGGGGAAGAAGGAGGCGCCGAAGAUUGGUGGCGGAGGACACAUCGAGCAUCACGCCGAGACACUGGAUGAUAUGUCCUUGCGCGUCGACGAUAAGUGGAUGAAGAGCGAACCUGCGAAGAUUUUGGUCGGUAACAAGUACCGCGGCACAGCAUUUAACUGGGACGUCACGGGCUUGAUGCUCGGUCAAAUGGUCAUUACGUGUGUGCCGGUGCUUUCGAUCAUGGGUUACGGCUUCGUGGCGCAAGCCGCGCUCAUCACCACGUCCACGCUCGUGCACGCCGCGGUGUGGAACUCGCUCCAUCCGGCGAUGCACGGCCUGAACGAGAUCCCGAUGUCCGAGGGUCUUUCGGGCGCUUGGUUGAACCGAUACCGUGACUCGAAGUACUACGAUUACCUGUACCUCAACCACACCGGUCACCACGUCAUGAGCGGCCAGUGCAACUACAACGUGUGCUGCCCGCUCGUCGACCACAUGAUGGGCACGUAUGUUGAGCCGGAGAAUUGGAUGCCGAAGACUCGGGUGCCGUUCGGCAAAGAGCACCGUGCGUUCUACCCGGCGGGCGAAUACGCGCGAAACUUGGCGGCGAAGGCGGCCGGUAAGGUGGUGGAGGAAUUCGAUGGCCAAGCUUCUGUUGACGAAGAGCUCGUCGCCGCGUAA